AUGUCGUUGUUGGAGUGGGUCGCGACGCACAAGCCGAGCGUGACGGUGGCACACGACCUCAUCGACCCUGUGUCUUCUGUUGCUUCGUACGGCAAAGACGAUCGCUCUAUAGUGGCGAAGAGCGAGUUCCAAUUUGGUGCUGAACUGGUGACUCUCAACGCUGGGUCGUUUCUAAAUGGCAGUUACUGGCUGGAACAGUACGAUGGCGAAGAAAAGCAAAAGUUGCAGGAGAAGACCAACACUCUGCAACUGAGUGGCACAGUGAAAACCACUUUGGCAUUGUUGGCAGAACUUGCUCGAAAGGACACAAGUGAUUUUCAUGGCUACAUCCAGCAACUCCCGACGGCCAUUUCGCUGCCACUCAGCUGGGAUGAAAAUCAGCGUAAAAUGCUCAAAGACACCACAGCGUUCCCGAUUCUGGACGAUAAGCUGGUGCUCAAAUUGUACGAAGACUAUGCCGUGCCGUUCGCCAACGAAUUUCCGGUGAUUUGGCCGACUGAAGUGUCGACACUGAAGAAAUUUCAGUGGGCUUACUCGAUUGUUUCGUCACGUGCGUUCAAGGUUGCAAAUGGGCUGGAACCGACGCUACUUCCGGUUAUUGACAUGGCCAACCACUCAGCGGAGAAUCCGGCUGCGCAUAUUGUGAAAACCGAGUCAGGUAGUUUCCAGCUAGUUGCACUGCGUGAGGUAGAGAAGAAAGAACCUGUGACGAUUUCCUAUGGAGAUCUGUCUAACGCACAGCUUCUGUGUCGCUACGGGUUUGUGCUUCCUACUCUUGUGCCAUCAGAUUCGAUUCACAUUUCCAGUUCGGACCUCACGAAUGCAUUCAAGACAUGCUCGCAGGACAGCGAAGACGAGGAUGAGGACGUAGAAGACGAUGCCUCGUACAUUGGUAAGGGCAAAGGCAAAGGCAAAGCAAAGGCAAAUCCGUUCAAGCGUCGGAAAGUGGCGCAUCCCAAUAACGACGACAGCGCUCUGUUCUUUUCGCUAAACGGCGACGCCGAACAAGAGUUCGGACUUGGCGACGCGCUGCUGAGCUUCGUGAUGGCUUCCAACUUGCCUACUGAGCAGCUUUACGACGUCCUGGCUGUAGUUCUCCAAGACAAGGACAAGCGGUACAGCGAUUUAUUGUCGGAAUCUUCGGAAGACAACGCCAGUGAAGUGCAUGCCAUCCAUCAACUCUGCCAGCACGAACGUCAAGUUUGCCGCCGUAUUUUACUCGGGCUGAUGUCGCUGGAAGAAGGUUCAGACUCGAGCGAUGACGAGGAUUAAGCUACUUAGAACUAUGCGUGCUUUUUACAAAGAUGGACAUUUUUUUACUUAA